AUGUCGACCUCAGGCCCUUCGAGUGAUACUACGGUCUCUUCGCUUGAGCUCGUUAGCCUCGGUCAGAAGAUAGUGACGAAUUCGUUCGGUCUGUUGUUUGAGAUAUGGUUCCACGGGAUGCGACAAGGAUCAAAUUCGAAGGCAAAUGUCACUAUGCUAAUUGUGACGCUCACUAUGUUUUCUAUGUCUACUGCUGUGCUAGGACUGAACUUCGCCACUGUGGUUCAAGAAGUGAGGCAUUGGUUCAUAUUAAACCCUAGUCUUUCCCUCGUUGAAAGAGAAAGAGUUGCGAGCAACUACUCGGCACGGUUCGAUUGGGUUCAAGACACCCUUUUUUCUGUCGAGUUUAGCAUCGGAGACUCGAUAGUUCUUUGGAGAGCUUGGACGUUGUCGCAAGCCAGUGGUAAUACGAUCUACAUCGUUUAUGUAGGCAUUCUCUUAAUCCUGGCGUCUUUCAACAGGCAACAUCGUAGACUGAUCAAGGCAUCAUUCGGAGAUACUGCUCGAAGGACACGAGUUGAGAAAGUGCUGGUGUUGCUUGUUGAGUCAGGCGUGAUUUAUUUCGCCCUAUGGGUGGCGCAAAUCUUCGACUUCUUGCCAAUCACUUCCUCCUCGGCAGCAGCAGGUACGGCGAGCACCAUUCUCAGCUCUGCUGGAAAUCAGCUAGUUGGUCUAUACCCCACGAUCAUCGUCGUGUUAGUCCACUACCAGCGCUCGCUGUGGGACUCGCCUGAAGUGACCCUCAACCACAUCAAGACAAGCAUCAGUUUUGUGUCCCCUCCAUCCACCGCAGUGGUACAGUCUCGCUUGACUGUGGGUGAAGACGCAAACCAUCACUUCGACAAAGUAGUUACGGUACACCCCCUCGAGUCUUCGAGCACCAGUCACGCCUCGAACCGAACUAAUCUCGAAGCCAAAUCUGUAGUUUAG